AUGAAUAAAAGUGUUGACGAAAAAGAGAUUUAAGUUAGACACAUUCUCCCAGAUAACGAGGAAAGAUCUGAUUAGAUCAAGCUAAAUUUUGAUGUUCAAGCCAAGUAAAAAUAUUCAAGAUCAACUCACUCUCCAGAGAGCAAGCGAAGAAAUGGGAGCACCUCAAACAAAAAUCAAAAUGAAGAGUAUAGAUUUGAGACACCCAAGUCAGUUAAGCGAUUAGGAUUAUCAAUCGUUGAUGUUGAACCUUCAGACGAUCCUUACUAUGGGUAUUUCAUCAGUAAUUACCUGCUAUGGGCUACACAAAUAGCAUCAUUAGUAGUUAUAUCAAUGCUUUUUAAGAGCUCAAACAUUACACCACAUGAAAUAGUCUAUGCCUAAGGUGCAGUUGUCACACUGACUUUAUUCUUUGUACUUUACUUUAGAGGUAUAUAUGUGCUAGACGUAGCAGCAAACCAAAGAACAAAUAUCAUUGUUAAAGGGUUUAUGUAUUUUGUAGCAAUUACGUUUCUAUAUGGAUCAAUGACAAGACUUAAUGAGCCUGCAGUGAUUUUUGUGAUAUUUUUCUGUGCCAAUAACAUCUCAUUAUUCUUUAUUGAGAAGCAUGAGAGAAGAAUGACUUUGAAUGUGUGGGUAAUGUCACUCAGUCUCAUACUGCUACUUUUGAUUUUCAUGACAUUACUUCAGCCUUUGAUUCUUAAUAAAGCUUCUUCCUCUUCAAAGGAUUUCACUCCAGUUGUUGCUUUUAUUAUUACAUUUAUAUCAGGCAUGAUAUUCUCUUUUAUACAAUCACAUCAUGUCCAUAGACAAGAACAGAGAAAUCUACUCCUCUAAAACUUUUACGGCAAUUGUAUAAGUGCUUGUUUUUCUCCAUUCUUUAUCUUGAGAGAAAUUAGUGAUAGAAAGAAAAUGACAAAGUAUGGCUUUAAUGAACUAAUUAUGCUCUCAAUUUUGUGCUUUAUAUCAGUGCUUAGCUAAAUCUAUUUCGAUAUCAAAGUCAAGGAAUACUACUCUUAUUUUGAAAAACUUCAAAAUAACAAAUAAGUAAUUGUUGUGAGACUGAGUAUGCUUUUAUUUUGUUACAUAUACUGCUUUAAAUAUUUCAUUAAUUGA